AUGGAAGAUGCCAUGAGGAGACUUAACCAAGAAUCCGAUAUCCCUCUUCAAACCACCACUUGUACUACGAAAAGAUCAUGUGGCGCCAACAAAAGAUCACUCAAAGACGGUGGCGGUUCAUCUGUCGGCGCGGUGAGGUACCGCGGCGGCCGUCCUUGGGGCCGGUAUGCAGCGGAGAUAAGAGACCCUCAGUCUAAAGAAAGGAGGUGGCUCGGCACUUUUGAUACCGCAGAAGAAGCUGCUUGUGCCGCUAGAGCCAUGCGUGGUGUUAAAGCACGAACAAGUUUUGUUUACCCUCCUCCUUCUCCUACUCAACCUACUUCCACUAAUGAUGGGUUAACGUUUCUUAAUAUUCCUAAUUCGUUUAAUUAUACUUGUGGUAAGUCAUUUCCCUAUCAGGCUGCUCUAAAGGAUUUGUCGAACAGACAAUUUUUUCACUCCUUUAAUUAUUCGCCUUCUUAUGGUUCUGGUAUUAGGGGUGUCAAUGGUACUACAGUUCCUACCGCAACUCAGAAAUGCAAUGAUUCUUUGAACAUGCUUCUAUUUCGCGAACUUCUUAGUUCCAAUUCAUCCAAUACUACCAGUUCCCUUUCCUCGGACACUGGCUCUCUUGCUCUCUCUAUCUCUCUAACAUUCUCUCUCUCUACCUCUCUCUCAUAUACUAUUAUUGCUAAAACUAUUUAUCAAGAAUAUCCUAGGGUCUUAUUAUUUUGA